AUGGUAACAAAUACUCUGCAUACUGUCGUCCAAGCGUCGAUGAGAAACAACACUAGUGAAAUUAAUACAUGCUGUGUUUGUAAACCAGAUGUAAAGUGUGGGUGGCUUAAAAAUCUGCCUUUUCCUAGCCAAAGUGCUCAGAGACAUCAACGCCGUCAAAGUUUAUUGAUCAAAGAUUUCAAUGGUUAUAUGAGCGUUUGCCAACGGGCUGGUUGGGAACCGAAGAAAGGGUGUUCUUUAGUUGGUCAUGUGAUUGCAUUCCACGCCGCCAUAAAAUCUCACCUCAGGAACGUUCCCGUAAACACAAUUAUAAAAUUUGAGGAUGUUUUUCUGAAUAAAGGAAACGGAUAUGAUCCUAAAUCAGGUGUUUUUACGGCACCAGAGGACGGUGUUUACAACUUCGAGUGGACAUUUAUUUCAACCAGGAAAUCAAAAGUUUACGUAGAGGCAGUGGUAGACGGUGCACGGAAAGCAUCGACCUGUGUGAAUGAUCAACAAAGUUAUCAUGUUAGUACCUCAGGCCAUUUGCUUUAUGAAUUGAAGAAAGGAAACAAAGUCUGGAUCAGAACAUUUUAUGUGAAGGCUGCAUACAUGCACGCUGACAAGUACACAUAUUUUUCGGGUUACAAAAUAAGCUACUUCUAG